CGCAGGGAGCUGAAGGGGAAGGGCAGGAAGCUGGCAGCGGCGGCCCCGGUGCAGAGCGAAAGGCAGCCCGCGCUCAGCGGGAGCACGGCUGCGGUGUCGGGGUGCUAAGUGGGCUCCCCAGAGCCACCCCUUCUGGGUAAGGCUCCCGUUAGGGGCCGAACCGCUGCUCCCCGAGGCUGGUGGCUGCUGAACGCAGCUUGGCAUGGAGCAGCCCCUUGAGCACCCCAGGCAGCCCACGGAUGGUGAGGCUGGCGCAGGCAGCGGGGAUGACGGUGGCACGAGUGAGAACCCCUACGCGGGGCUGGUGAGCCGCCUGCGGGCAGCCUGGCACUCGCGGAGGACGCGGUCCUUGGAGUACCGCAUGGCCCAGCUGGAGGCCCUGGGCCGCUUCCUGGAGGAGAAGAAGCAGGACAUCCUGGAGGCCACCACCUUGGACAUGCACAAGCCACCCUUCGAGGCCGAGUUCUCUGAGGUCCUUCUGUGCAAGAACGAGCUUAAUGAAGCCCUGAACAACCUGCCCCGGUGGAUGAAGGACAAGCAUGUGGACAAGAACCUGGCAACACAGCUGGACUCGGCCUUCAUCCGCAAGGACCCCUAUGGGGUAGUGCUCAUCAUUGGGCCUUGGAACUACCCCGUCAACCUCCUCCUGGUGCCCCUCAUUGGGGCCAUCGCUGCUGGUAACUGCGUCAUCAUCAAACCCUCAGAGCUGACCAAGAACAGCGAGAAACUCGUGGAGGAAGUGCUGCCCAAAUAUCUGGACAAAGACUGCUUCGCCGUGGUGACUGCUGGUGUGGAGGAGACCACCAGGUUGCUGGAGAACAAGUUUGACUACAUCUUCUUCACCGGCAGCCCCUCAGUGGGCAGGAUCAUCAUGAUGGCCGCCGCCAAGCACCUGACACCGGUGACGCUGGAGCUGGGGGGCAAGAACCCCUGCUACGUGUCUGACAAAUGCGACGUGCAGAACGUGGCCCGGCGGGUGGCCUGGGGACGCUUCUUCAACGCGGGGCAGACCUGCAUCGCCCCCGACUACGUCCUGUGCAGCUUGGAGAUGCAGGAGAAGCUGAUGCCCGCUCUGCGCGAGGCCAUCACCGAGUUCUAUGGCUCCGAGCCCCGCAGUUCCCCUGACUUCGCCCGCAUUGUGGGGGACAAACAAUUUGAGCGCGUGCGGGCACUGCUGAGCAGCGGGCGUGUGGCCAUCGGGGGACAGACGGACGAGAAGGAGCGCUACAUCGCCCCUACAGUGCUGGUGGAUGUGAAGCCCUCUGACCCUGCCAUGCAAGAGGAGAUCUUUGGCCCUAUCCUCAUCAUCGUCACAGUGGCCAAUAUGGAUGAAGCCAUUGACUUCAUCAACAGCCGUGAACGGCCUCUGGUUGUGUACGCCUUCUCCUCUGACAAUGAGGAGGUGAACCAAGUGCUGGAGAGGACGAGCAGUGGGGGCUUCUGUGGCAAUGACACCCUGAUGCACGUGACGCUGACCUCGCUGCCCUUUGGUGGCAUUGGGUCCAGUGGACUGGGGAUGUGCCACGGCCAGUUCACCUUUGACACCUUCACCCACCAGCGUGGCUGCCUGCAGCGUAGCACCGGCCUGGAGCCCAUCAACACCCUGCGCUACCCCCCCUACAGCGCCCAUAAGAUGGGGCUGGUCCGCACCGCCACCUCAAUCAAGCGCCGGGGGGAAUGCUCCCUAUUCUGAGGGGCCAACGUGGUGCCACCACAGCCACGGAAGUCCUCCAGCCCAGUGGAUGAAUGCUGUCCUCUGCUGCUGUGGACUCCAAGUCCCUCGCUGUACCUGUCGCUGGCUUGGUGACACUCCUGGCCAACUGCUUAUCAGUUGCUGGGAAAGGCUCUUCAAAUCCUCGCUUCAACCGGGGCUCCCAGUGACUGCAGACCUGGGUGAUGGUAAAGUAGGAGGGCAACUGGUGAUGUACCUUAAUCACUGUCCUCAUGUGCUAAUGGUUAGGUGCAUUGCCUCGUUCUAUUUUUGCCGUCUGACUUCACUUAUUAUCUCCUUGCUUUAAACUUCAGUAAAGGUAACCGCACUUCUUCA